AUGAUGAGGAUGGCGGAUAAACUGAAGAAGCUGGAGGAGGAAAUGAAGAAGGUGGUAGAGGAGAAGGAGGAGGAAAUGAAGAAGGUGGUAGAGGAGAAGGAGGAGGAAAUGAAGAAGGUGGUAGAGGAGAAGGAGCAGGUUAUGAAGAAGGUGGUAGAGGAGAAGGAGGAGGAAAUGAAGAAGGUGGUAGAGGAGAAGGAGGCGGAGAUGAAGAAGGUAGUAGAGGAGAAGGAGGCGGAGUUGAAGAAGUUGGCGGAGCAACUAGCCAGCCGGUCUCGGAUGCCGAUUGAGACGCCGGGUGCCCUUCCUACAGAGCCUACUGAGGUGAUAGUCGAUAGUCAGGCGGCGUUCAAUGACGUGUAUAUUCAGCGACCAGGAUGUACCUCGCCUGCCCAGUUUGUAGCAAUUAUGCAAGGGGCCGCUGAUGACGAGGCUAGUACCUCAGUAGGAGCUCUAACGCAAUCAAGCGGCUGGGGCAAGUCGCGGUUAUUCGCAGAGGUUUGCAGGCAAUUCAUGUGUAUAUAUAUAAGUAUGGGUGAGAGCCUCAAUAACUAUCCCCGUAGGACCAAGAACUUCGCCCCGUUGGAAAGAAUCCUCAACUGCCGAGAAGGGACUGCUAGUGAUGUGGUGUGCCAUUUAAUGAUGUGUCUGGCUGGUUAUCUGACCGAGGCCUGCUCAGAUGACCGCAUAAUCGGCCUUAGCUCCGACAGUUGGUUUCAGUACCAACUGGACCACUGGUCGCCGUCCUACCCGGUUGAAGAGCCCCUGCCGCCCUUGUCAAUGGCCUCGGCUAGGAACACACUAAGCCGGGCGGUUGCGGGGUUCAAAACCCGUUUCUCGGUGCCUUACGUUUUAGUUCUAUGCGAUGAAGCUGCCGCGCUGUUGCAAGAUGCCAAUGUAGCCGAAAUUCAGAAGUUCCGUCUCUUCAGACGAGCUUUCACAGUCGCGGGAAUUACAGCCUGCUUUGCUAGCACGCAAUCGAAGGUGCAGAACUUCGCCCCCUCGCUCCACCGAGAUGACUCUCUCCGGCGGUACACUAGGGCUCAUGUGGAUGAACCGUGGAUGCCGGCGCCCAUCAUUGCUGUAAGCGCGCAUGAUGUGUGUGCCGAUACAGUCGCCUGGUCGCUGCCUCUUACAGACCUUCAUUCCUCUCAUACGCUGUCCCGGUUUGGCAGACCACUGUGGAUGGCAUUCUCCAAGCACUGCACACAGAGCUUAUCCUCUAAUACUGUUCUGUGUGCGGUGGCAAACAGCAAGCUAAACUUGAAGGUCGGUGCGCUGGGGGGAAUUGCUGCAGUCAUGUGUGUCGCCGCCAUUAAGCCGACCCCGAGCGUCGAGAUGGCCGACCAGCUCGUUCACAGUCACAUGGCCACACUGAUCCACGUUUCCAAGAACCGUGAGUUGCUUUAUACGAUGUAUCCUUCGGAGCCGUACUUGGCGGAGGCGUCUUGCCGAUACUUGCGUAAGAACAUGGCGGUUGCUUUGCGGCAGCUGGUUAGGGCUGUCGGCCAACAUGCGGUUGAUACUGGACUCGUUGGCGAGGCCGUGGCGAGGCUGUGCUUAGUGAUGUUGGGAUACACGCCACUCGAAAAAUCCCUGAUCUCAAUAAACAGCCUCUGGACUAGGAUCGAUGACAGUACGACUGAGAACGGCGCUGGGACUAGGGCCCUUCUCAACUUUAACCACUUCGCUCGGUUCAGAGGAAGGCUUACACAGAAGGCGUUGUAUGGCGCGUUCGUAAGACGUGCCGCGCUAUUCCCAUGGAAGCUGAACCAGCGCGCAUACGACUUGGUGCUUCCUGUUGCUGUGCUGGAAUCAGAAGCCGAUUUAUUGGAUCCGGGGCGAAUGGGUGCUGUGUUUAUUCAAGUGAAGAAUCAGUCGAGAGGUUUGCAGGAGUCGGGGCUUUUCAAGGAGAUGGCGGAGGAAGGCGCGAUGGCUGGCUUGUCGGAGGAUAGAUGCUGGUACUGGGUGCUACAACGAGUGGUGCAGACCGGCUCCAAGUAUCGAAGCGUCCGCUUCCCAAACCGUGCGUCGUUCUCCUUCACGCAGUUGCUUCGCGGCUUCGAUGGUGAAUGCCAAGGGCUGCUCAAUGCGCUACUCCUGGGCAAUACAAAGUUAUUGGACGCCGUUGACCACGCUGAGAAACCCACGGCCCAACUCCAAGCUGAGAAAUUGUUCUACGAACAGGUCAGUUGGCUGGCUGGGGCGCAAAGUGACGACGGAGAAUCUCCGAGAAACCGUGCGCAAGCCGAAAUGCCGUCAAAGCGGGCUCGACGCAAUUAG